GACUUACACAAUUUCGAGUAUAAAAUGGGAAUAUUUAUAUUCAAAUUCUACAGUUGCGUCAAAGCACCAUUAGCGUUUGCAUCCUUAACGAGUGGUGGAACUUACCGAAUUUCAAAAAGAUGAGCAGCCCAAUAAAAUUCCAGCUGAUUAGUGUCAUCGCUUUGUUCUGCCUCAGUAUGGCGGCGGCCCAGCAAAGCACACCUACAACGAUUACGCGCAACAGCCCUUCACGAUUCGAUGCGCGCGGUCGCUUUAAUCCCUACUAUAACGAUCUUUACUACAAGAAUCGUUUCUAUAAAAAUCGCGAUUUCGAUUACAAUCGCCAAUACUACGACAAUUUGUUUAAGAAAUAUAAUCCUGGUGUGGCCGCACCACAGGCACGCAUUCUCCAACAGGAGAAUGAGAUUAAUUUCGAUGGUACGUACAAUUACUCGUAUGAAACGGAGAAUGGCAUACAAGCCGAGGAGCGCGGUGUGCCCGUGAAGGUGGGCACCGAAGAGCAAAAGGAGGUGGUUGAGGGCUCAUACUCGUAUGUGACUCCCGAUGGUCUGCGUGUCAUUGUUAAGUACACUGCCGAUGAGAAUGGUUUCCAUCCAACUAUAACAUAUGACGGCAUUAAUGCUGAGCGCUUCGCACGCGUCCAACAGCCUGCCGACGUUACAAUUACACGCCAAAAUUAAGCGCUUGUGAAUUGUGCGUCCGCACUUUGCACUUAACGAAAACUUCAAAAACGAUGAACUCCAAAAUACAAGAAUGUUUUUUAAACGGAACAGUUUUGUUUCGAAAAGAAAUUU